GUUCCUCCGCCUUCGUCGUCGUCAAAAUGAAGGUCUACAAGCCUGGCAAAGUCGCCAUCAUCCUCCAAGGCCGGCAGGCGGGCCACAAGGUAGUAGUUAUCAAGCAACUCGACGAGGGCACCAAGGAGCGCCCCUACCCUCAUGCCAUCGUCGCUGGCGUUGAGCGGUACCCCUUGAAGGUGACGAAACGCAUGGGGGCGAAGAAGCUUGCGAAGAGGAGUAAGGUCAAGCCUUUCAUCAAGGUUGUCAACUACUCUCACCUCUUCCCCACACGAUACAACAUCGAGUUGGAAGGACUGAAAGGGACCGUCGCCAACGAGACCUUCAAGGAGCCUUCGCAACGGGAGGACGCUAAGAAGACGAUCAAGAAGCUUUUGGAGGACCGCUACACAUCAGGGAAGAACGCAUGGUUCUUCAAACCUCUCAAGUUCUGAUCUCCCCUUGCGUACAUUUUCUGUUCAAAACUAUGUACAUGCUCUGUCGUAGUAUGACAUUCCAUGAUCCACAUGCGUGCAUAUUCA